AUGGCGGACCAGCUUUAUCUGGAAAACAUAGACGAGUUCGUCACGGACCAGAACAAGAUCGUGACAUACAAAUGGCUGAGCUAUACACUAGGAGUUCAUGUUAACCAGGCUAAACAGAUGCUGUAUGAUUAUGUUGAAAGAAAGCGAAAGGAAAAUUCAGGAGCCCAACUGCAUGUCACCUAUUUAGUGUCUGGCAGUCUUGUUCAGAACGGACAUGUGUGCCACAAGGUUGCAGUAGUGAGAGAAGAUAAAUUGGAAGCAGUGAAGUCCAAGCUAGCUGUGACUGCCAGCAUCCAUGUGUACAGCAUCCAGAAAGCCAUGCUAAAGGACAGUGGGCCUCUGUUCAAUACCGACUAUGACAUCCUUAAAAGCAACUUGCAGAACUGCAGCAAAUUUAGUGCUAUACAGUGUGCAGCUGCAGUUCCUAGAGCUUCUGAAACCUCAUCUUCUGAAAAGUUUGAGCAGUCAAAUCUUCAGGUAUCAAGUGAAACGCAAGCCACUAGUGAGUUGACUGCCAACGGUCAUGGCCCACCUACUUCCAAACAGAUUUCCCACCAACCUAAAGGAAUUAUGGGAAUGUUUGCCUCUAAAGCUGCUUCUAAAAACCAAGAUACCAACAAGGAAACCAAAACGGAAGCUAAAGAGGUAACAAAUGCAUCUUCAACAAGCAACAAGGCACCAGGGAAAGGGACUGUUAUGAGCAAUUUUUUUGGAAAAGCUGCUAUGAAUAAACUGAAAGUCAACUUGGAUUCAGAACAAGAAGUGAAAGAAGAAAAAGUAGUGGAACAACCUCUACUGUCUGUCACUGAACCUAAGCUGGCAGCCCCUGCAGGUCUGAAGAAAUCCAGCAAAAAAGCAGAGCCUGUUAAGAUGCAGCAGAAAGAGAAAAAAAAGGGAAAGCGAGUGGAGUUCUCUGAUGAUGAGACAAAAGAAACUGUAAACAUGAAGAAAAAGAGGAGAAGACUUAAACUUCCCGAGUCUGAUAGCAGUGAAGAUGAAGUUGUACCAGAUUCUCCUGGGAUUUAUGAAGCUGAGUCACCAUCCCCACCUCCUUUUGCGUCUUCACCUCCUGAACCAGCGACGAAGACUGAGCCAGAGCCUCCUUCUGUCAAGAGCUUAAGUGGAGAAAACAAAAGAAAACGAAAGCGGGUGCUGAAAUCUAAAACCUUUGUGGAUGAGGACGGCUGCAUAGUGACUGAAAAAGUCUACGAGAGUGAAUCCUGCACAGACAGUGAAGAGGAACUUAAGGUGAAGACAUCUUCAACACACAGACCCCCAGCAAUGACUGUGAAAAAAGAACCCAAAGAGGAACGAAAGGGCCCCAAGAAAGGGACUGCUGCUCUGGGCAAAGCCAAUAGACAGGUGUCCAUUACUGGCUUCUUCCAGAGGAAAUGA